GAUCUCGCCACGAACGAUGACACACGUCAUGAACGCUGGCUUCUUCCAGAAGUUUCUUCCCGGCGAUUCUCUGCUGCUGCUCCCUUGCGGCCCGUUACAGCAAACUCGCUGUUCGAACACGCCGCCUGACGUCGGGCGGUUGAAUUUCGGUGACAUUUGUCUCCUCGUCUUUGGCGCGCGACAGAAAAGUCGUCGACGUGUUCCGAGUCAAACCGGCUAACACCUUUACCUCUUGCUAGCGAGCGAGGGGGGAAGCUAGGCGUCGUUAGCCGCAUGCUGGAGGCUUGCUGAUGUGGGAAGAGGAUCCAUCUGGAAUGUUCUUUUUUUUGAAGAAGUGACCGGUCAGUAGGGAUGGGUAAAGAUUAUUACAAAGUGCUGGGGAUAGCCAAGGGUGCCACGGAAGAUGAAAUCAAGAAGGCGUACAGAAAGCAGGCCCUCCGCUACCAUCCCGACAAGAACAAGUCUGCAGGGGCCGAGGACAAAUUUAAGGAGAUCGCAGAAGCCUACGACGUCCUCAGUGAUGCGAAGAAGAAGGAUAUUUACGAUCGAUAUGGCGAAGAAGGCCUGAAGGGUCCAGCUGGAGGCGGGGGUGGAGGUCACAGCGGCGCCACCUACAGCUACACCUUCCAUGGAGACCCUCAUGCCAUGUUCGCCGAAUUCUUUGGCGGCCGCAGCCCGUUCGAUCACUUCUUCGCGCAGAACGGCGACGACAACAACAUGGACGUCAACGACCCCUUUGCCGCCUUCAGCAUGGGAGGCAUGGGUGGCAUGGGCAACUUCCACCGGCCCUUUAAACCCCACACGGGCGGCGCCCGCGGGAAGAAGAAGGACCCGCCCGUGGUGCACGAGCUAAAGGUGAGCCUGGAGGAGGUGUUCUCGGGCUGCACCAAAAAGAUGAAGAUCUCCCGCAAAAGACUGAACCCGGACGGCCGCACCGUGCGCUGCGAGGACAAGAUUCUGUCCGUGGACAUCAAGCGCGGCUGGAAAGAGGGGACCAAAAUCACCUUCCCUCGGGAGGGAGACGAGACCCCCACCAACAUUCCCGCGGACGUGGUGUUUGUGGUCAAAGACAAACCUCAUCCCGUGUUCAGGAGGGAGGGCUCUGAUAUUAUUUAUCCUGCAAAAAUAUCACUUCGAGAUGCUCUGUGCGGCUGCUCGGUCAGCGCCCCCACGCUGGACGGCCGCACCAUCACCGUGUCCUCCAGAGACGUGGUGAAGCCGGGCAUGAAGAAGCGCAUCGUGGGGGAAGGCCUGCCCCUGUCCAAGCGUCCCGACAAGAGGGGCGACAUGAUCUUGGACUUUACGGUCAAAUUCCCUGACAAACUGGGACAAAACACCCGCGACGCACUCAGGCAGGUUCUCCCGCCAUGAUGCGGGGACGCAACAACUCCCAACACUUCCAACGCCGUUCUUCAGGGUGCUUAACUUUAUUAUUAUGGUUUUUUUAAAGCCUCAUUUGACUUACAACACCUAAAAACUGACAGAAUCAAAGAUUUGAGUAUUUAUUGUUAGCUGGAUUCUAUCAAUGGACUAAAAGGUGUUUUGUUUUUGUACGAGUGAACCAACACUGAAACAUUGAAGCUGUUUACUUCAGUUUGUUUUUUUUUACUAUCAUUAGUUCAAGACAAACACUGAGCCAAAUAAGAGUUAGGGCCUACCAAGUAUCAGGGCCACACUGAAACAGAAAAACAACAUCAUCAAUUGUUUUUAGAGAGGAAAAAGUCCAAAUAUUACGAUCUAAAGUCAUCAUUUUAGGGGGGAAAUCGUCUAAAUAUUAUUAAUCUAAUGAUGUAACUUCAUGAGAAAAGGUUUUAAUAAUACCCCAAGAAGGGGUCAUUUUACAAGAAUAAUUUUGUAGGAAAACAUUCUAAUUAUAUAAUAAACCUAAAGUUCUCAUUUUAUGACCAAAAGUGGUCUAAAUAUGAAUACAAACAGCGUGUUUCAUCACAAAAAACAGUCAAAAUAUUGGUACUAUUAUUUGUCGGAAACAAAUAAUAAUAAUAAAGCAUCCUCUAAUGACAAUACACGAAAAUACAUUAUGUAAAAAUAUGACAAAAGAACUACUUUUUUUUUUUAUGAUAGAACUUCGUAAUUAUAAUAACUUGACAGAACUAUUAUAAUUAUAAAGUUCAAGACAAACACUGAGCCAAAUAAGAGUUAGGGCCUACCAAGUAUCAGGGCCACACUGAAACAGAAAAACAACAUCAUCAAUUGUUUUUAGAGAGGAAAAAGUCCAAAUAUUACCAUCUAAAGUCAUCAUUUUAGGGGGGAAAUCGUCUAAAUAUUAUUAAUCUAAUGAUGUAACUUCAUGAGAAAAGGUUUUAAUAAUACCCCAAGAAGGGGUCAUUUUACAAGAAUCAUUUUGUAGGAAAACAUUCUAAUUAUAUAAUAAACCUAAAGUUCUCAUUUUAUGACCAAAAGUGGUCUAAAUAUGAAUACAAACAGUGUGUUUCAUCACAAAAAACAGUCAAAAUAUUGGGACUAUUAUUUGUCGGAAACAAAUAAUAAUAAUAAAGCAUCCUCUAAUGACAAUACACGAAAAUACAUUAUGUAAAAAUAUGACAAAAUAACUACUUUUUUUUUUUCAUGUUAGAACUUCGUAAUUAUAAUAACUUGACAGAACUAUUAUAAUUAUAAAGUUCAAGACAAACACUGAGCCAAAUAAGAGUUAGGGCCUACCAAGUAUCGGCCACACUGAAACAGAAAAACAACAUCAUCGAUUGUUUUUAGAGAGGAAAAAGUCCAAAUAUUACGAUCUAAAGUCAUCAUUUUAGGGGGGAAAUCGUCUAAAUAUUAUUAAUCUAAUGAUGUAACUUCAUGAGAAAAGGUUUUAAUAAUACCCCAAGAAGGGGGUCAUUUUACAAGAAUAAUUUUGUAGGAAAAUAUUCUAAUUAUAUAAUAAACCUAAAGUUCUCAUUUUAUGACCAAAAGUGGUCUAAAUAUUAAUAGAAACAGUGUGUUUCAUCACAAAAAACAGUCAAAAUAUUGGGACUAUUAUUUGUCGGAAACAAAUAAUAAUAAUAAAGCAUCCUCUAAUGCCAAUACACGAAAAUACAUUAUGUAAAAAUAUGACAAAAUAACUACUUUUUUUUUUAAUGUUAGAACUUCGUAAUUAUAAUAACUUGACAGAACUAUUAUAAUUAUAAAGUUCAAGACAAACACUGAGCCAAAUAAGAGUUAGGGCCUACCAAGUAUCAGGGCCACACUGAAACAGAAAAACAACAUCAUCAAUUGUUUUUAGAGAGGAAAAAGUCCAAAUAUUACGAUCUAAAGUCAUCAUUUUAGGGGUGAAAUCGUCUAAAUAUUAUUAAUCUAAUGAUGUAACUUCAUGAGAAAAGGUUUUAAUAAUACCCCAAGAAGGGGUCAUUUUACAAGAAUCAUUUUGUAGGAAAACAUUUUAGUUAUAUAAUAAACCUAAAGUUCUCAUUUUAUGACCAAAAGUGGUCUAAAUAUGAAUACAAACAGUGUGUUUCAUCACAAAAAACAGUCAAAAUAUUGGGACUAUUAUUUGUCGGAAACAAAUAAUAAUAAUAAAGCAUCCUCUAAUGCCAAUACACGAAAAUACAUUAUGUAAAAAUAUGACAAAAGAACUACUUUUUUUUUUUAUAUUAGAACUUCGUAAUUAUAAUAACUUGACAGAACUAUUAUAAUUAUAAAGUUCAAGACAAACACUGAGCCAAAUAAGAGUUAGGGCCUACCAAGUAUCAGGGCCACACUGAAACAGAAAAACAACAUCAUCAAUUGUUUUUAGAGAGGAAAAAGUCCAAAUAUUACGAUCUAAAGUCAUCAUUUUAGGGGUGAAAUCGUCUAAAUAUUAUUAAUCUAAUGAUGUAACUUCAUGAGAAAAGGUUUUAAUAAUACCCCAAGAAGGGGUCAUUUUACAAGAAUCAUUUUGUAGGAAAACAUUCUAGUUAUAUAAUAAACCUAAAGUUCUCAUUUUAUGACCAAAAGUGGUCUAAAUAUGAAUACAAACAGUGUGUUUCAUCACAAAAAACAGUCAAAAUAUUGGGACUAUUAUUUGUCGGAAACAAAUAAUAAUAAUAAAGCAUCCUCUAAUGCCAAUACACGAAAAUACAUUAUGUAAAAAUAUGACAAAAGAACUACUUUUUUUUUUUAUAUUAGAACUUCAUAAUUAUAAUAACUUGACAGAACUAUUAUAAUUAUAAAGUUCAAGACAAACACUGAGCCAGAUAAGAGUUAGGGCCUACCAAGUAUCAGGGCCACACUGAAACAGAAAAACAACAUCAUCAAUUGUUUUUAGAGAGGAAAAAGUCCAAAUAUUACGAUCUAAAGUCAUCAUUUUAGGGGUGAAAUCGUCUAAAUAUUAUUAAUCUAAUGAUGUAACUUCAUGAGAAAAGGUUUUAAUAAUACCCCAAGAAGGGGUCAUUUUACAAGAAUAAUUUUGUAGGAAAACAUUCUCAUUAUAUAAUAAACCUAAAGUUCUCAUUUUAUGACCAAAAGUGGUCUAAAUAUUAAUAGAAACAGUGUGUUUCAUCACAAAAAACUGUCAAAAUAUUGGGAUUAUUAUUUGUAGAAAACAAAUAAUAAUAAAGCAUCCUCUAAUGCCAAUACACGAAAAUACAUGUAAAAAUAUGACAAAAUAACUACUUUUUUUUCUACAUAUUAGAACUUCGUAAUUAUAAUAACUUGACAGAACUAUUAGAAUUAUAAAGUUCUAAUAUUAAAACAACUACCGUAUUUUCCGCACCAUAAGGCGCCCUGGGUUAUAAGCCGCGCCUUCAAUGAACGGCAUAUUUCAAAACUUUGUCCACCUAUAAGACGCCCGUGUUAUAAGCCGCAUCUAACUGCGCUAAAGGAAUGUCAAAAAAACAGUCAGAUAGGUCACUCAAACUUUAAUAAUAUAUUAAAAACCAGCGUGAUGUGGGCGCGCAUGGAGUCGUAUAUCAACAUGGACGGAGCUGCGUGAAAAAAGCCACCCGGCCUCUUCGCGUAAACUUACCUUAACCACUCGCUCAUCUUUUCUUCAUCCAUCCAUCCCUUCGAGUUAGCUUUUAUGAUGACGCCGGCUGGAAAGGUCUCUUUUGGCAAGGUCUUCCUUUUGAAUAUCACCAUGGGUGGAAGUUUCUGGCCAUUAGCAUGGCAAGCUAGAACCA